AUGACAAGAUACUUGUGUCCUGAACCCUAUCCGGAGGAGAAUUUGGAGUUUCUUAAAUCACAGAAUAUUCGUCUAUUUCAAUUUGGAAUUGAGGGGAAAACGGAAGUUUCUUUACCUAUUCUCAGUGAUUCUAUUAUGGAGGCUUUGAAAAUUUUACUUGAUGUGAGAAAUCACCCUGUUUUGAUUCAUUGCAAACGAGGAAAGCAUAGAACAGGUUGUGUAGUUGGUUGCUUCAGAAAGAUGCAGAACUGGUGUCUGUCUUCUGUGUUUGAGGAGUACCAACGCUAUGCUGGUGCUAAAUCCAGGACAACGGAUUUAACAUUUAUAGAGAUGUUUGACAUCAUAAAUCUUAGGCAGUGCCUCUACAGCAUCAUCUACCAGUAUCAAGGUGCUUCAAAGAAGCGCAGAUUGAUGUAUCAAGGCGAGACUACGCAUAAGCCACCCCGUUUGACAUCGUUUUAGCUGCUGCACUGGCUAUCAACUCCAUUUUUGGAUUUGGUAGAGAACUCAUACUUCAAAGUAAUUUUUUGGAGUCUUUGAACAUAUAUCCUUAGGGUUUUUAAAGAUCUUUUGAGUACUGCUAUUGA